AUGAGUGAUCUGACAAAUAUCAUGACAUUUGAAUUAUUACCAAAUGAAAUAUUAAUUAAAUGUUUUGGAUAUCUUAAUGCAAUAGAUAUUUUUCAUUCAUUUGAUCAAUUAAAUUCUCGUUUUAACAAACUUAUUCGAAUUAUUCCAUUAUAUCUUAGUUUUGAAAAUGUUCGAAAGAGAAUAUUUGAUCAAUUUUGUAAAAAAAUAUUAUUAAAUUCAGAAAUAAAAAAUCAAAUUAUUUCAUUAAAAUUAUCAAAUAUAAAUACCUAUGGUCAAAUUGAUGGAUUUCUAUCAUUAUUUUCACUGACUGAAUUUUCUAAUCUUCAAUCAUUAGUAUUGAAUCGAGUUAAAAUUACUAAUUUAGAAAAAUUACAAUCAAUAUUACCACUAAUAUCUAAACUAGAUUCUUUUUGUUUAAUUGAUUACAAUUAUAAUUUAUCAAGUAAGCAUUUAAAUGAAUUAUAUGAAUUAUUUUCUUAUAUACCUAUGUUAAAAUAUCUUAAUAUUCAUAAUGUAUGGACAUACUUCGAAGGAUAUAUCUCAAAGAAUAAUACAAUUUCUAAUCGUCGUUGUGCAAUUAAUCUACAAAAAAUAAUUAUAAAUAAUUUUCAACAUGAAUUUCAAGAUUUUAAGAUAUUUGUAGAACAAACACCAAAUAUAAAAUAUUUAACAAUAUGUUCCAACGAUAAAACCAUGAUUGAUGCAUAUAAUUGGCAAACUUUAAUUAUUACUUCAUUAUCUUAUCUCAUUAGUUUUAAGUUUAAAUUUAUCUAUUCACGUAAAGAUGAUGAUGAUGAUGAUAAUAAUAAUACUAUUAUUGAUAAAUUCGAACAAUUUCAAAGUAAUUUUUGGCAAGAUCAACAUUUUUGGAAUACUGAAUAUGUAUUAGAUAAAAAUUUAGCAUAUGUUUAUACAAUACCUUACAUAUCCGAUACAUAUAUGUUAACACCAUAUACAAAUAGAUAUUGUAAAAAAUCGAUAAAUACUUUAAAUAUAUUCAAUAAUGUAACAAAUUUAAUAUUGUAUGAAAAAAUAAUAAGAGACAAAUGUGAAUUUUACUUUUCAAAUGUUGAAUCAUUAACACUAGAAAAUGUAACUGAUACUUUAGAAUAUAAUAAUAAUUAUUUUCUAUGUGUAGAACAUGUUCAAUUUUUGAAAACAAUUGUCAAUUUAAUUAAUUUAAAACAUUUAAAUAUUUCAUCUAAAUGUAAUAUAGAUGUAUCACCAGUAUUGUUAGAAAUAUUAAAACAAUCACCACAACUUUCAUCAUUAAUAAUUGAUCUAUUUGCGUUAUCAAUAUUAUUCAACAAUGAUGAAUUAUGUAGACAUUUAAAUAAAAUGAUUAAUAAAUUAGACGUAUACAAAGAAUAUGAUGAUAAAUUGAAUGAAUUUCAUACAAUUACAAAGUUAUGUCAAGUAUUUUCAAAUCUUGAACAAUUAAAAUGUAAUAUUCGACAAUUGGAUAGUUUGUUAUUUAUAUUAAAUAAUUUAUCAAAAUUAUCAUUUUUAUGUGUAGUUGUAUCACAAAUCGAUGAACAUUUUAUUGAUCAAUUUAAACAUGAACUAUUAAAGUUAAACGUCAUGCAUGAGAUAGAAUAUGAUUAUUCAACUCAUGGAAUGUGUAAAGUAGAUAUAUGCAUCUGGAUUAAUUGA